ACGGGGGCGGGGCCGGAGGCGGCCAUUCCCGUCGCAGGGAGUUUGGCAGUUUCCGGAGUUGAGGAAGGCGGUUCGUCUGAAAGGCGGCGGCCGGGCGAAGUUCGAGAGCGGCGGCGGUUGCUGUGAUGUACCACAGCAGCACGCAGAGGCGCUACUGGACUUUCCGUAGCGAAGAGGAGUUGGUCCGCAGGCGCUCUGACGCCAACCGCAAGUUCAGAUGCAAAGCGGUGGCCAAUGGCAAGGUUCAACAGACAGACUCGUUUCUUCUUGACCAACAUGAAGAGCUGAUAAUUUGUAAAUAUUAUGAAAAAAGAUUAGCAGACUUUUGCUCUGUAUUUAAGCCAGUAAUGCCCAAAUCUGUUAUGGGUACAGCCUGCAUGUAUUUCAAACGUUUUUAUCUCAAUAACUCAGUAAUGGAAUAUCAUCCCCGUAUAAUUAUGUUAACGUGUGCAUUCUUGGCUUGUAAAGUAGAUGAAUUUAAUGUAUCUAGUGCACAAUUUGUUAGUAACCUCCAAGACAGCCCAGCAGGACAGGAGAAAACAUUGGAACAGAUCUUGGAAUAUGAAUUACUUCUUAUUCAGCAGCUGAACUUCCACCUUAUAGUACAUAACCCAUACAGACCAUUUGAAGGGCUAUUGAUUGAUUUGAAGACCCGUUAUCAAUUGCUUGAGAAUCCUGAGAUAUUGAGGAAGACAGCAGAUGAUUUUCUUAAUCGAAUAUCAUUGACAGAUGCCUGCCUUCUAUUUACACCUUCUCAGAUAGCUCUCACUGCUAUGGUAUCGAGUGCAUCCAGGGCAGGAUUUAAUAUGGAAAGUUACUUGUCAGGAACCCUAAUGUUCAAAGAUAACAAAGCAUCCCUUUCGCAGUUGCUGGAUGGAAUGAAAUGCAUGAAAAAUCUAGUAAAAAAAUAUGAGCUACCACAUCCUGAAGAAGUUGCUAUUUUAAAACAGAAGCUAGAAAAAUGUCACAGUCCAGAAGUUGCUCUUAAUUCAAAUAUGAAAAAAAGAAAAGGCUAUGAAGGUGAUGAAUUCAUCUCGAAAAAAUCUAGAAUGGAGCAGGAUGAAUGGACAGAUGAUGAGUUCAUGGACUGAUAUAUCUACAUUCCUAAUAGAAAAUAAAAUCUGAAUUAAUAUUCAUUGGAAAUAAACCCAGGCAGCAUGUUGUACAACUUAUCAUUCAUCAGAAAAUUAUAUAUUUAUAAUAAA